GUAUGUGAACUGUGCCCGUAAUGAAGAGGAGCAAAACCUGGUGGCCUUUCAGUACAAGGGUGAGAUCUACUACAGGUCCUGCAAGCCGAUCCCACCCCGCUGUGAGCUGCUGGUGUGGUACGGGGACGAGUACGGCAGGGAGCUGGGCAUCCGCUGGGAUCUGAUGUGGGAGAACAAGUGUCGCUCGACAGAAGCGGAUUUGGAGCAAGACCUCGACAUCUAUCCCUGCCCUCACUGCACCAUCGCCUUCACUGCCGAGCAGUACCUGGAGAAGCACACAAAGAGGACUCACCCUGAGGAGUAUGUGGUGAUACUGAGAGCGCGCUCACUCAGGAAUCAAUCGUCACAAAGCGGGGCGCAGCUUCCUGUACCCCCGGUGAGCUCAGUGACUGCACGCUCUGGGAGAGUUCACAAAUCAGACUCGCAAGCUUCACAUCGCUGCUCUGAGUGUGGGAAGAGUUUCACUCGGUCAGGAGACCUGAAAAAACACCAGCGAACUCACACAGGAGAGAAACCAUAUCGCUGCUCUGAGUGUGGGAAGAGUUUCACUCGGUCAGACAGCCUUGAAACACACCAGCGAACUCACACAGGAGAGAAACCGUAUCGCUGCUCUGACUGUGGGAAGAGUUUCAGUCACUCAGUAUCCCUGAAAGCACACCAGCAAACUCACACAGGAGAGAAACUGUAUCGCUGCUCUGACUGUGGGAAGAGUUUCAGGUGGUCAGACAGCCUUGAAAAACACCAGCGAACUCACACAGGAGAGAAACCAUAUCGCUGCUCUGACUGUGGGAAGAGGUUCAGUCAGUCAGGACACCUUGUUUCACACCAGCGAACUCACACAGGAGAGAAACCGUAUCGCUGCUCUGACUGUGGGAAGAGGUUCAGUCAGUCACGCAGUCUUGUUUCACACCAGAGAACUCACUCCUGACAUGCCGAGCCCUGCAUGACUUCACUCAUUGUGAGGGGAAAUAUGUUUCCUUUCAUAACUGAACACACACCUACCUGUCAAUGUUAAACAUUGUGUUGAUUUUGUUGAGAAAUUAAUUGAGCUGCACAAUUUUAAACAGGGACAAGGUUGGGAUCAAUAAUCUGCAUUAUAAAAAAAAACUUACGACAGUACUGUACAUGCACACUGCAAUCUUGCAGUUUAUUUCAUUUGAACCGGCUUCAACCAUUGUGUUUACAAUGUAUUUACUAUACAGAUCUUUGAUUGAACAUGCUUUUACUGUACUUUACUACACUUUGUUAUUCCGGCUCAAUGACACCAUCAAUCCCUGAGCUCCUCUAUCCCUUUGUUCCAUUGUUCUCUAGAACCCUCUUUAUGUUCCGUAACUCACAGUGAGAGUUCCAUGGAACCUUCUUACUUAGUGUUCCAAAGUCCAUAGACUCUCAGUGUUCCAUGGAACCUUCUUACUUAGUGUUCCAAAGUCCAUAGACUCUCAGUGUUCCAUGGAACCUUCUUUGUUCUCCCUCUGAGUCUCAAUUGAAGACAUUGAGAAAGAAUUUCUGGUUGAAACGUUUGUCAUUGAAUUUAUUAGGUUUAUUUUAUUUUAUCACAAUGUAGCGCUAUUGUGGGUUUAAUAGUUAUGGACAAGCUGAUAUAAUGAUGAGAUCCUCAAUAUGCAAAGUCAUUUAAAGACGUUUUUGCUGGGAAGAUGUCAAAGUCUCAUAGACUUUUUACCAACGCUACCAUUUUAAUGAGGGGUCUAAGGGUUUAAGUUCUGUUUUUAAAGUGAACAGACUCCUUUGUUGUUGCCUGUGAUUCAAUGUCAAUACACUUUGCUAUUCUGUUUUAAAAUGUUUAUGCUUUGUUAAAUUAAAACAACAUGCCUGUUAUGCUUAAAUAUGCUAUUUAAUAUUUAUGAUUAUUUAUUUCACUUUUUUUUUUUUUUAAUCUUUAUGAGAUUAACUGGACAAGUCGUAUUCUAUUUUAUGGCGUUUUACAUUUCAUCUCCUGGCAGAUACAGCUGCUGAUUUUAUACGAGAUGAAUCUGUGUUUUUAAAUGUUAAUAUUUAAUUCAGGAGCCCCAAUAAACGUUUUAAAGACAAGAAAAUCACUUGUGACGUGUCUCUGAAUGUUUAGUAUUGUAAUUAUACAAGCAUUCUCAGAUAAUUCUAUUUCUGUAUAUAUACACACACACACACACACACUCU